AUGGAGGAGAGUGGGAACAUAUUUGAGAGAGGCGUAAUUGGGACAAGCAAAACCAAAGUAGGGAAGCCACCCACCAGGCUACAAAAGCAUGCCCCUCAAUCUCUUAAGCUUGAUCAAAUGAAAGCUCACGUUGACCAAGCUCGAUCUCCGAUUCCGCUGCUCACGCCGCUCACCGUAUCGCCGAGUCCAUUCCCGGAGACGGAUGAGUUCAUGUUUCCGACACCAAAGGACGUGAAUGCUGCUGCGACACCAACAUCGUCUGGGCAGAAACAAGCAGUUGGGGCAGGGUUUAAUGUGGAGGCUUACACUUUCUUACCUCUGUUUCAAAACAAAUGUGUUCUCGUCAAUGGUGCAAAAUGA